UACCCAAUAAACAUGCGAACAUGUCUUCAGUUCAAUUACCCGUGAGUCGAAUUUUGAUGACGCUAUUGUUUCCAGCAAAAUGAAAAUCCAGAAUCUCUGUAAACUAACAUUAUGGUCCCCCCAUGCUGCGUUCAGGGUGCCUUCAAGUGAAACACUGUACGCCAUAUUGAUUGCCGCCACUGAACCACUCGUCCUUUGCCUUUGUUUCGCGUAUUGAUUGGCACGUAUUGUUUACCGGCUGUUUGGCAACAACAGGAUUACGUUUCCCUAACAGCUCCGCGGCGCGCUAUCAAAUGUAGUCACCCGGGGGAUGGACGCACACACGUCGCUGAAACUGUCGUGCUGGAGAUUCAACAUAUGGAGCAGGGAACUUUCGUACCUCAUGCUGCGGAUAGAGCUUCUACGUCGGCACUUGAAACAUCUAUGACGUGACGAUUUUCAAAGGAUGGAUGACCCCAUGUGACCGCUGCCUUGUGAUUGGACAGUUCAUGCCCUGUGAACGCAUCCUAAAGUAGCGAACAUAACGUGUACUGCUGCGCUCAUCCACGCGCAAAACAGCCACCAAGAUGGGUUGCGGUGGAUCCACCGCUGCGGCUCCCCAUGGUACAACGAUUGGUACUCAGACAGACAGAAGUUUCGUUGCUCGACAAAAAGACAAGGAAGCCAUUGAAGCCUCCAGCGGGAAUGCCAAGACUCCUCGCCGCCAACUACGCCCUCUAGGCCGCGGGCCUGACCUUAACGCCAUCGAGGCCGACGCGAGAAAAACUCUACAGCCCGCAAACGUCUUGCCUUCUAUCAAACAUGCUGGAGUUAAUGAUGGGACGACUCAGAGGAAUACAGUGCUGCCUCUGUAUCACCCACCGCUACCUCAGAUAUCCAGCGAACGCAAAGCUGGCGGGUCAAGUCAAGAGGCAACGGCGACAGGGAGUCAGGGUAAACCCGUCGUCGCGAACGGCACAGAGACUCUCAUCGUCAUCCCAGACGAAACCUUCGACUCCAGCGAUGACGACCUGAGCUCUAUGGACGAGGCGGACGGGUAUGGCUACAGUAACGGUGCAGAAAAGGUGGGAAUCACCAGUAUCGUAGGCACACAGUCAGGGAACCACCAUGGUGAAACAGGGGGACAAAAUGGAAAGAACAGUACCGACGUUAGCCCGACAAAAAUGUUCUCACUGGGUGCCAAGGACACUGUUAUAACCAGCGAUGAGCUGAUACGGGAUUCAAAGGUCAACAAUACCGAGACAGUAACCAACAGUACCGUCUCAGGAACAAAUGACGCAACGGUGGUGGCUGCAAAGGCUGAGGAAUCUCAGACAACACAGAAUGCUGCCCAGCAGGUGAACGCACCAAGUGGAAAUGGUCCGGUACCUGACAGAAGUGACAAUGCCGAUAACAAUCCGCCGGAGAAAAACGCAUCUGCUCAAGAGAACAACAACAAUUCCUCGCCUACAGGACCAGUGGAACUUCUUCUACAAAACGGGGAUACUCUGAAAAAGAUCCAUGUAGGGGAUAACUUCAGCGUGGCAGUUAACAUUGUAGUACAGGCCGUGGACCCUACAAGCGUUUUACAAAAUGACCAAGCUGGGGCAGAACAAAAUGGGGUUGUUGGUAUAAACAGCGUCUCUUUAGCGAAAAAUGUUGUGAAGGUUGUAAACAGCGUCCAGCCUGCGGCCACGGCAAGCGCACACGAUGAGCAAAAUGUACCGGUGCCAGGGAAGAACCUCUCGGAAUUGACGGGUAAUUCAGAAUGCUCAGAAACCGUCGUCUCUAAUGAAAUCACAAAUAAUACAACAGACGAAAAUGUGAACUUGAACAAAAACAAUGCCAUAGAUGCAAAAAGUCUUCCCGAAGUUAUCGUGACUGAUCAUGAAGACAGUGAGGGACAAACGCAGAGAGCUGUUACAGAUCAGAUACUUGAUAAUGCAACGGGUAAACAAAGAAAAAUGAUUCAACUGCUCUGCGGCUUUGACUUGAAGAAAAAGCUAGAGGAACGGAGAGAAAUUCGAAAACACACGGAUGAACUUCAAAAUAAUGCAGAGGGGCGCUCAAGCAACGGGGAUGUAAAGGAGCAGAAUCUGUCCAACGAAACGAUUGAGGGGAAAAUACCAGACCCAAACGUUCCACAAAGGAAAAGAGCAGCGGUGCUGGGCAAAGAGCAGAUCUCACUGUUCAAGCACAUAGAAGUACAUGCCGUGUACCACGCACUUGAGCCCCCGAAAGCAGCUGACACCUUCGCAUCACACGUGAAGGUCCUCCUCUCCGACGACCUCUCCGACCUGGAGAAAGUGCGCAUGCUCUUCCACUGGGUCACUGCGCAGAAUCUACAGGAUAUGACGUUCGGCGAUGACGUAGUUGAAGACUCCCCCCUCGGUAACCUCAAGGCCAUCAAGGAGGGUAAAGGCACCUGCGCCAAGCUGUUUGAACAGCUCUGCUGUGCUGCGGGUCUGAAGUGCCAUGUGAUCAAAGGGUACAAGAAGGGUGAGGACUGCCUGCCGGACCAUGAUUUCCACGCCCACCGUAAGCAGCACCGCGGGACGUGGAACGCCGUGAUGGUGGACGGGGAGUGGCGGCUGGUGGACUGUCACUGGGCGGCGCGAGGAGUCAGGGCCAUAGAAGAGAAUGGCGAGGCAAUAGAGAACGUCAAUGACGUCUACAAGUACGAAGAAUUCUACUUCCUCACCGACCCCGAGGACCUGAUUGACACCCACUUCCCGGACUGUCCCGAGUGGCAGCUCCUAGAAAAGUACCUGACGAUCACCCAGUUCCAGUCGCGUGUCAGACGCUGGCCCAUGUUUCACCGCCUCGGACUUGAACUAAAGAGCCAUCGUGCGGUUGUGGUCAUCCCUGCAGGGGACUUUGUGGAGCUGAGCGUUGGAUUCUCCAAGGAAAAACGCAAGGAGUUUAGAAUUGUCUAUCAGCUGAAGACAAAGGAGGGAGGAACUGAAGUAGAUGGCAUCAGUCUGAACCGGUAUGUGAUACAAGAGACAUGCGACAGCAAUGAAAACUUUCUCAUUGAUGUACCAAAAUCGGGCGAACCAAAUGGCAUCAAAUCAUUCCCUGUCGUCCAAGAUGCCCAAUUCGGCACAAGGCAACCCUACUUCUCCGAUUUGGGGCUUAUCGAAAAUGAAAACGCGUCCUACUUCUUGACGUCUGACAAUGGCGAGGUUGAGGUACAGCUCGAAAACCCUCAUCAGAAGCAGAUUAUGUACUCGCUGACUCUAGAAACCAAGAAUGGCAUUGAGAAAUUCAACCAGUACACUCUGGCGCAGGCAUUAGGUGACAAAACCGUUCUUUUGCUACAUCUACCUCAGGUAGGCGAAUACGCCUUGCAGUUAUUUGCAAAAGACACUCAGGGACGACAACGAAACGUUGUGAACUACUGCAUCAGCUGUGAUGCGGCAAAGGAAGACUGCAAACCUUUCCCUCGUCAUAACAACAGUUGGGGUCCCGUAUACUCCACUUUCUCUGACCUUGGCUUGGCAUUGGACGUUCCACAACGCCCUUACGUCAUCAGCAGGUCGGGCAAAUACAACGUAAGUCUCGCCAUGACGCAGCCGCUACUACUACGUCACCAUUUAUUCCACUGUGCGGGUGAAACCAGAGAGAACAUGGACGACUUCGCCUUUUGCGAAACGAUACGCCACAAGGCAACCGUAACGACUUGUUUUCCAAAAGCGGGAGACUACUGUCUGGAGAUCUACGGCACGACAUUUCCGCCUUCUCAUGAUGACCUUCCCCUCGUAGCAACAUUCUUCAUGAGAUGCUUGCAUCCCUUGGAGACCGGCUGCAGGACGUUUCCCCAAAUCAUUGGGCGGAUGUGGGGACCCGGAUGUUGCCUGUACGAGCCAUUGGCGGGUGUCUUGUCACGUGACAAGGAGGUGACUUUUAGAGUCGAUGUCCCGGAUGCAGAUGACGUAGUUUUGAAGAGUCCCGACUCCGUGACAGACAUGAGCAAAGACCAGUCGGGAACGUGGACGGGCAGCUACGUACCUAGGGAAUCGGACACUUCCCUUUUGCUCCUGGGAAAAUUUGACAAGAACGUAAACAGAUAUGUGGGGUUACUAGAGUUCAAAUUUGACAGCUAA